AUGAAGAAGCAGCAGCCGCACAUUCUCAUCAGUUGUCUAGCAGCCCAAGGCCAUCUCAACCCCAGUUUUCAGCUAGCAAAGAGCCUCGCACUAGCUGGUGCACGAGUCACUUUUGCCACCACCAUCUAUGGCUUUAGCCGCAUCAAAAACCUGCCGUCCUUUUCUGGUCUUUCCUUUGCCUCUUUCUCCGACGGCUACGACGAUGCAGAGUCAAGAAAGAACUUCAAAGCUGAUAGCUUCUUUGCCGAUUUAACACAUGUUGGAUCCAAAAACCUCACCAAGUUGAUCCAAACUUUGUCGGAUGAGGACCGGCGGGUUACUUUCUUAAUCUACGGUAUUAUGAUGCCUUGGGCGGCUGAGGUUGCUAGUGGAAUGAACAUCCCAUCUGCUUUUCUAUCUUUUCAGUGUGCUGCUGCUUUAGCUAUUUAUCACAAGUACUUCAAUAGCCAGGAUGGUGUAUAUGAUGGCGUUCGCAAAAUUGAACCCACCAUUUCCGUCAAGUUACCUGAUCUUCCGUUGUUUGAAAAUUGUGAUUUGCCCACCAUUCUUGUACCCACUGAUCCACAAUUUGCUUCAGCCCCGCCUAUUUUUCAUGAGCACAUAAGAGCCCUGGAGAAAGAUUCUAAGCCUUGCGUACUGGUCAACACUUUUGCCGAGUUGGAAGAAGCAUCAAUCAGAGCUAUUGUUGAUCACAUGAAUGUGAUCCCAAUUGGACCUUUAUUUCCUUGUGUUCAUUCGGAUGGGAAUGAUUUAUCUGACAAGUCUGUCAGUCUUGAUUUAUUUGAAUGUCACGAAAAUGAUUAUCUCCAGUGGUUGGAUUCAAAGCCCGAAAAGUCUGUGGUUUAUACAGCAUUUGGAAGUCUAACGAAGUUAAAGAAAGAUGAAAAGUUAGAGAUUUUGCACGGAUUAGAGGAAACUGGCAGGCAUUACAUGAUUGUUAUGCGAGCAGUGGAGAAUGAAGAUGAAGAAGUAAAGGAAAUGAUGGAAAAUGGGCUGAAUGGAAAGGGGAAAAUAGUGCCAUGGUGUUCACAGAUGGAGGUACUCUGUCACAAGUCAAUAGGGUGUUUUUUCACUCACUGUGGGUGGAAUUCAACUCUGGAGAGUCUAGUUGCUGGUGUUCCAAUUGUGGGAUGUCCACAUUUUGCUGAUCAGACAACAAAUGCUAAGCUGAUUGAGGAAGUCUGGGGCAACGGGGUGAGAGCAAAAGCUAAUGAAGAUGGGGUGGUGGGGAGAGAAGAGAUCAGGAGAUGUGUGGAUGUUUUGCUGGGAGGUGGAGAAAAGGGGGAAGAAAUUAGAAGAAAUGCUGCUAAGUGGAGAGGCUUGGCUUUGGAGGCUAUGAAGGAAAAUGGAUCUUCACACAACAAUUUCAAAUUAUUUUUGGAUUGUUUGGAUAAUUAAUAAAACAUUAAGACCCCUUUCUUGUACGGCAAACACUAUUACAGAACAUUCAAAUUAAAAGA